UUGACCUUGUUUUCUGCUUAUUCAUUUGCUCUUCUAGUAAAGAGAGCUGAACAGGUUGUGGCUCACACUGCCGCUCAGUGGUAAGAGAGGGUACUGCGUGAUGACGCGCCCACACUGCGCUAGUUACGCCGCACUCCGUAGCGACGUAAACACGUGCGCCUCGCUGCUUCCAGGUUACAGUUUUUUCUUUCCACCGUCAUCCUCGCGCUCCAGCAUCACUCCCUGACAACAGCAGCGAUGGCGGAGCCCGUAGCAUCGGAUGCGGCGGACACAACGGACCUAGCUGAAGCAGCAGCAUCCCCGAGCCUCUCUCCCGCAGCCAGCCCGGGCUCAGAGCCACCAUCCAUGGCUAUGUCUCCCACGGCGGACGGCUCCCAGCGGCUGCUCUUCUCCCACGACCUAGUAUCCGGGCGGUAUCGCGGUUCAGUUCGGUUUGGCCUCGUACGGAUGAUCCAUGGCGAGGAGGAUUUCAACUCAGACUCGGACCUCGACGAUGGCGGAGGGAGAGGCGGUGGCGGCGGUGGAGGAGGAGGAGGAGGUGCUGGCGGGGGAGGUGGAGGAGGAGGACGGGUCCAGUGUGGUUCGGACACUGAGAGCGCUGUGGACACCCCGAGUCGGCCUCUCGGUAGGGGAUUUGUCCGCGUCCAGUGGUACCCUGAAGGAGGGAAGCAGGACAUCAGGGAGACAAAGCUGAAACUUGAAGAUCGAUCUAUAGUGAUCAGAGACAUUGUGCGCCGAAACAAUUCAAAUGAUAACCAGUGUGGUAUUGUUACCAACAUUGACAUCGAAUGUGCAGUGAAACUUGUAGGAACAAACUGUGUUCUGUAUCCAGUGAACAGCAAAGACCUGCAGCACAUCUGGUCUUUUAUGUACGGCGACUACAUUGCCUACGACUUCUGGCUGGGGAAAGUUUACGACCUGACUAAUCACAUCAUCCUCAAGCUCUCCAAUGGAGCCAGGUGCUCCAUGAGCGUGGAAGAUGGUGCCAAGCUUUACGACAUCUGUCCUCAUGUCAGUGACUCGGGUCUGUUCUUUGAUGAGGCAUACGGAUUCUACCCGGGUCAGGUUCUCAUUGGACCAGCAAAAGUUUUUUCUAAUGUACAGUGGCUGUCAGGGGUCAAACCUGUCCUCAGCAGGAAGUGCAAAUUCAGAGUAGUGGUAGAAGAGGUAAAAGUGGUAGAGCUGAAGGUGACCUGGAUCACAAAGAGCUACUCUCCCAAAGGUUCUGACAGCGUUUAUCCUCCUCCCUCCACCAUCACACAGGAAAAUCUCUGCAGGGUGAGGCGUCUUGGCUACUAUGACCACACGCAGAGACAGCUGGGAGAGCGGGCUCUUUAUAUUUUCCCCGCUAAAGGGGAUGCAACGCGAAUCACCUGUGAAGGACCAGAGGGUGCUCCUGUCUUGCCUGAGGACCCUGUUGUAAGAAAGUUAAAAAGGAUGUUCAAGAAAGAUUCAGGGAAGAAGACGGAAAAUGCCGACUCACAAGGCGAGCACAAACCGGAGCAGACGGACUCAUCUCAUCCCAAAAACAAUGGCCCUGUGGCCCCUAUUCAGAACCUUCCAGACACCCAAAACACCAACGACACGUUGGCCGAGCAUGGAGAGCAGGACGCUGAUGAUGAGGCUGCAGAAGACACAGAUGAUACCAGUUCUCUGACAUCAUCGGCCAGCUCCACAGCCUCCUCUCAGAGUGGCGGGUUGGGCACCAACCGAAAGAAAAGCAUCCCGCUGUCUAUCCGUAAUCUGAAGAGGAAGCAUAAGAAGAAGAGGACGAAGUUUUCCCGCGAGUUCAAGCCUGGAGACCGGGUUGCAGUUGAAGUCGUCUCCACAAAGACCACUGCAGAUGUGAUGUGGAAGGAUGGUCGAGUGGAGAAAGGGAUCAGGUCAAACGACCUCAUCCCUAUCCAGCACCUUGAUAGCCACGAGUUUUGUCCUGGGGACUUUGUUGUCGACAAAAGACCUCAAGCUCUCCAGGACCCAGGAGUGUAUGGAGUGAUCCAGUCUGGGGAUCACAAAGGCAGAACAUGUGUUGUCAAGUGGAUCAAACUCAACUCGAACAGUGAUGAUGUGGAGGUCAUCGGUGUUGAGGAGGAUGUCAGCGUGUACGACAUUGCAGAUCAUCCAGAUUUCCACUUCCGCACCACUGACAUCGUCAUCAGAAUAUGGAACUCAGAGAACGGACAGAACGACUGUGAGAAUGAGACGUCGGUCGGUCAGGUGUCCAGGGUGGAUGUGAGCAGCAAAGUGGAGGUGGUGUGGGCCGAUAACUCCAUGACCAUUGUCCUGCCACAGCACCUCUACAACGUGGAGUCUGAGAUCGAGGAGACAGACUACGACUCAGUGGAGGAGACGAGCAGCGUGUUGUCCACGGAGGAGUGGGAGGAUGAGAGUGACAGCUGGGAGACAGAUAAUGGUCUCACUACUGAAGAUGACAGCCAUGCAAACAAUGUAGAUGUCACUGACACGACGACACCAACCCCCACGCCCACCGGCUCCUCAACGUUCAUCAUCCCACCUGCAGAGGGCAGCAAAGCUGGGGUCACCAGCCCCACCAAAGGAGGCCCGGGUGAGGAGGGAGAGGCUUCUGUGGCUGCAGCUAGUCCUGCAUCUGGAGGAGGAACCACCCCAGGAGCAGUCAAUGGCGCAGAGAAGCCCAGUAAAGACGGUGGCUCUAGGGGCUUUAGGGAGCUGAAAGAGGCCUUGAAGAUCCUGGAGAGCCUGAAGAACAUGACUGUGGAGCAGCUUUGGACUGGUGGCUCUCCAACCUCCCCAACCUCUGCUGAACCUGCUUCGGCCACUCACGUAGCAUCUUCUGUGACGCCAACAGCCCCAGAGAAACCGACCAAGGAGAAACGCUUCCUUGACGAUAUCAAGAAGCUGCAAGAGAACCUGAGGAAGACGCUGGACAAUGUGGCCAUUGUGGAGGAGGAGAAGAUGGAGGCGGUGGUGGAGGCAGGGGGGAGUGGAGGCGCAGGGACAGAGACAGAGAGAGCUGGAGAAGAGAAGCCCCAGCAGGAGCCACAGACUCCAGUUGGAGGACAAGAGUGGCCCAGCGAGUUUCUCAGUGACACACCUGUACUGUGCCAACAGAGUGGCGGCAAGCCCGGCGUCACCUUCACCAGUGCCAAGGGAGAGGUGUUCUCUGUGCUGGAGUGGGCACCAGACACACACUCAUUUCAGAAAAUGGAGUUUCAGCCAGCGGAGGCAAAGAAGUUUUUCAGCACAGUAAGGAAGGAAAUGGCUCUGCUAGCAACAUCACUGCCAGACGGCAUCAUGGUCAAAACAUUUGAAGAUCGCAUGGACCUGUUUUCAGCGCUGAUCAAAGGUCCAACUCGUACGCCAUAUGAAGAUGGUCUCUUCCUGUUCGACAUCCAGCUGCCAAACAUUUACCCUGCAGUGCCGCCUCUGUUUCGCUACCUGUCGCAGUGCAGCGGCCGCCUCAACCCUAACCUCUACGACAACGGCAAAGUCUGCGUCAGUCUGCUGGGCACCUGGAUUGGCAAGGGCACAGAGAGAUGGACCAGCAAGUCCAGUCUGCUUCAAGUCCUUAUUUCCAUACAAGGCCUCAUCCUUGUGAAUGAGCCAUAUUACAAUGAGGCCGGUUUUGACAGCGACCGAGGGCUGCAGGAGGGAUACGAAAAUAGCCGCUGCUACAAUGAGAUGGCCCUGAUCAAGAUGGUCCAGUCCAUGACACAGCUCCUCCAAAACCCUGUAGAGGUCUUCAAGCAGGAGAUCCAGGAGCACUUUGUUUCUAACGGCUGGCGGCUCGUCCACCGCCUGGACAUGUGGCUGGAGCUGAACGAGGCUGCAGAGAGAGGGCACUCCGCUCACGUGACCUCCAGAUACUCUAAGGAGCGAGCGUCCUCUGGCGAGCCUUUAGACGAGCAGCUGCCUUUAGGGUUGGGACCUGUGGCGGUGGCCCACAGCAGCCCCAGUAAGCCGGGAGAGGAGGCCGGGGUCUCAGGAGUUAGCAGUAUUAUAGAGGAAGACCUGGAGGACUCAGGUCUGAGCCCCUCCACUGUAGCUGCCUCUCAGCAGGAGCUGAGCCAGAACUCAGACUGUGACAGCACCCAGGGCAAUGCCUCUCUGGGUGCUGAGAGCAGGGCUGGCUCAGUGCUCCCUGGCUCUGUGGUCCGCAGUGGGACGUCAGAAUCAGGUUCUGUUAGCGGAGGAGGGGUGGGCUCCACAGGGAGUCAGCCGGUGGUGCGACCAAAGAAACGAAGAAAGAGCUACAGGAGUUUCCUCCCGGAAGGCAGCGGCUACCCAGACAUCGGUUUCCCACUCUUCCCGCUCUCCAAGGGCUUCGUGAAGAGCGUGCGAGGUGUGCUGCUGCAGUACCGAGCUGCGCUGGCCGCCGCCGGCAUUACUGAGCACACAGAGGACAAUGUCUCUGCAGACGAGUGUGAUGGAUAAAGAGGGAGAGGAGUCAGCUGUUCAUGCGCACAGGUAAAUAAGGAGUCAAAGGUUUCUCUUUUGGCCUCAGCAGGACUCUGAUGUCACGGGGAGGAGGUGUGAACAGACUUGCAGUGAGGAUCAGUGCCAUGAACUUUCUUCCUCCUCAUCCUCCUCGCCUCCAGCAUCCUUUAGGUGGAGAUUUUUCGGAAAACCACUCUGCCGUCUUAAAACUUUAAAGCAGACUUGUUAUCGUCGCUGCAUUUUUGGACAAGAUCAUAGAUGGCUGAAAAACUGCAAACUCUUGACUGAGCUAUCUGUAGCACUACUGAUACUAACGCUGCACCAUCCUGCACUACAACACGAGUGGACAAUCUGGUUUGAGAGAGGCGACGCAGUGUAGAUCGCCUGACCAGGAGGGUUAUUUUAAAUAGAAGUCACUGGUUGUUAUGCUUUCUGCCAAAUCCUCUCUCUGUCUUCAAACACAAAUAUUGAAGUAGAUCAUACUGAAUGUCAGUUAAACUGCCAAACAUGAGCGCUUCGACACUUCUUUCACUGCACUCGCUGGUAUUUUCCCUUUCUAUCAAUCACACUGAACCAUACCGCAAACAUAGAGUGACAAAGUUUACAUCUAAUUCACCUCUGGAGGUCAGACACUUGGAGCUGUUUGAUGUAAAGAAAGAGGAUGAUAGUGUGCCUCCAUGUCUGCCUCCCUUUCAUACAUUCACUUUCUGUAAAGUUUAGUAAAAGUUGUUCAAUCGCCAAAAUGGAACUCGUGCUUUGGUGUUUUGAUGCAUUUGAAGUCGUUUUAACUCACAGAGGCUCAGCUGUAGGUUUCAGAGUGGAACUUCACCCACAAUGCUUCACUCUUUAACCCACCUCACUGCAAAUGACACAAUUCAAAUAAUUAUGAAAGAAAAAAAAAUCUCAGCUUCCAUUUCGUCAUCUAUUGUCGACAUGUUGCCUUACUUGAACCUUUCUUAAUAAUCUCACACCAUUGUGUACAGAGCUGCUUCACUACGCUUUAAACAUUAACCCUGCUGACACACAAACCACUGAAACAAUGCUCCAGUGUUUAACCCCUUACAGUUCCCAUCCUAAACAUGAGCUCCUUACACUGAUUUUAAGUCUCUCUAUUGCACGUUCAGAGUUCAUCAGAAUUCAAAGUAGUUACACUGAAGGUUUGAUGUUCUGUCCUUAUCAUGGAGCUAACCACACUGAUGAAAAAACAAAACUAAAAAUCCUCUCUCUUGAUUAAAUAAUGGAUUGUGAACACCAUGAGAGUCAGACUGUGAUGUAAUGAACUGUGAAGAAAACGUGAAACUCACCUUCUGGUGCUUCCUGGGGUUUUCAGAGCCGUCUUUGUUUACAUCUUUCUAAAAUAGCUGCAUUCUACAUCUGUUCUUUACUUUAAACAUAUUAUUAUUCAUAUUGUAUUAAUGAUAGUUAUGAUUAAUCUACAGGUCAGGCGGACCCUGUGGGCUUUCUUUAACCUGUGAAAUGAACCCGAGAGCGUUGGUUUGUCUGGUAUUAUACUUGAAUAAAGAUGCUGAAGAGUGCUGAGCACACUGUGCCAUGUAGAGUUUAUAAAUGAUGGGAGGCAAUGAAAUCAUGAGCCAAGAGCUGCUGUGUUUUGAAUAAGGAGAGGUCCAGAAUCAGGGUGUUUUCUUUUGCUUCGUCUUCCCUUAAAAACAUAUUUCCUGUACCAGAUGUGGCAAUCAGGCGCCAUUGACUCAUUGUCCUCUUCCUCCUUUUUUUACUCUGCUGUCGUUAUUUUUGCUGCCUUCAAAGCCACAGAGGACGAUGUUUUCUUCUUCACUAGCUUUGUUUGCUUCUUUGCUCCUGUUUUCUCCUCAUCCAUAUGCUGCCGCUUUGUAAAACAUCACCUUAACAAUUCUCAUGGAAGAGUGUGUUUUUAGAUUGUUUCAGUUGGGCAUUGGUUCAAAUUCUUGGGAAAGUUUGAACACAUCUUCAGCAAGAGUUGAGAGGUGACGUUUUCCCUCCACCUUUCAUCCUCUAUGUAAUCUGUAAAUGGAAAAUGAGAAUUUAUCUCACUGGAUUUGGAAGGAAAACAUCUGGCAGGAUAUCAAGCACAUGAUGCUAUGUACAAUUUUCUGUGUAUGUGUAUAUUAUUCAGAUUGAAACCAUUAUUAUUAUUAUUAUUAUUAUUGCGAGAAGUUUGUUUUACAGCCAAAGCAUGUAACAUGUUGCUUUAAGCCUUUUGAACGGGCUACACUCAAGACUUGACUGUACGAUGUCUACAUUUCCACAGUGGCCUGUAAUUGAUAUAUUUAAAAAACUAAUAAAGUUAUGAUUUGUAGCCUGAUUCCCUCUGUACAGAUGUCAUGACUAUAUUAAAAUAUAUACAUACAUUCAUACAUACAGUAUAUAUUUAACACAAUCCUGAAUUCUAAUGAGGCACAUGGAUGCUUGGGACAUAAAUGUACAAAAUGCUGAGUGUGAUAUUGUACCUAUGAUUUCUUUUAUUAAUGGUUUACUUUUGUUGCUUCAAGACAACUGUAUAGUGAUGUAUUAAACUUU